GUGCGCCGCCCGGAGCGAAGCCGCGUUGCACCGCGGAGCGCAUGGAGCCGGCGGCCGGGCCGGAGGUGGGCGGUUGUGCCCCGGCGGAGGGAACCUCCGAGGCAGGGCAGGAGCCAGGGGAACGGCAGGGCUGGGCGUGGUGGGCUGGCGGCAACUGGAUGGCGAAGCACCCCACGUUCACAGAAAUGAUGUCCCUUGAGAUAUCUGACAGUGCUCAAAUCUAUGCUGCAUUUGUGGUGUACCUGGACCUCUUAGAAGGGAGAAACUGGCAUGAAGUGAAGCACGUGGGAGUAGCAGAGCUGCAGCUCAUCUGUUUACAUGCACGCCAGAAGGAACAGGACAGCUUGCAAGUGAUGGUGCCGGUGCCUGUGCACAUAUCGCUGAGCCACGAGAGGAUCAGAGAGAUCGUGAGGAAGGCGUCGCUGCCGCCAGACGACCCUGACACCCCGCGGGCAGUUACUUUGGCCAUCGUUGAGUCAGAUUCCACAACAGUCUACUACAAAGUGACUGAUGGCUUUGUGCUACCAGAUCCUCCUGAUGACACCGAAGAGGCCAACAAUAAACAGUGGAGGAAGAAAAGAAAGAAGCUUUUCAAAUGAACAAGGCAAACAGACUUGUCUUGAACUGCUGUCCUCAAAGCUAAACAAACCCAGGGGAGGAGGUAAGGGCUGUGCUGGAGCUGCCCUCUGCACCUCAAGCUUUCCUUCACAGGGAGUGCAGCUGUGCCGUAGUGAAAUGCCAUUUAAAGUCUGCUGUGGGUCUCACUUUGGGCCAGAUUGCUCCUGACCAAUAAAUACAUUUGUGAGAUGCUUCCA